AUAAACCUGCGCACAAUCACAGCUUCAUCACACAUUACAACUCAAACCUCAUCUUCUGGACUGAUAUUAAUAUAAAAAUACAACAAAAAUGGGCGUCUUCUUCUCUAACCUUCUCUCGCGUCUCUUUGAGAAAAAAGCGAUGAGGUUACUUAUGGUUGGUCUGGAUGCAGCAGGAAAAACAACAGUCCUCUACAAACUCAAAUUUGGUGAAGUUGUCACAACUAUUCCGACUCUAGGUUUUAAUGUUGAAACAGUUGAAUAUAAAAACAUCUCAUUCACCGUUUGGGAUGUCGGCGGUCAGGACGUUAUCAGACGCCUCUGGAGACAUUACUAUCAGAACACUAAGGGUCUGAUCUUUGUGGUGGACAGCAGUGAUCGUGACCGGAUUGAAACAGCAGCAGAGGAACUAAAGGCGAUGCUGGCGGAGGACGAGAUGAGAGACGCGGUUCUGUUAGUUCUUGCUAACAAACAGGAUUUACCCAAAGCCAUGCCGGUCCCGGAGCUGACAGACAAACUGGGUUUACACACACUGAGAGGACGACAGUGGUUUGUUCAGGCCACAUGUGCGGUUCAAGGGUCAGGUUUAUAUGAAGGACUGGAUUGGCUCUCGGAUCAACUGUCCAGACGACCGUGAUGCUGGAACUUUACUUUUGGGUUUUUGUGGCCUGAUACUUCAACACUAACACAUCCAGUGAUUGAAUGUAACAGCCUCCAGCUGUUUAUUAUCUGAAAUGCAUUUUUGAUUUAUUAAUGUUAAAUUAUAAAUGGCACAUUCUAUCGGUUCUAUGAGGUUACUUCUGAAAACAUGUUUUCACACACUGAAAGAAACAAACUUUGAAUGACUUCUGUUUAUGUGUUUGGUUUUAUCUGGCUUUUGAAAGAAUAAGCUGAUGUCUGCCUGAGAAUUAUAUAUGUAUAUAUGUAUGUGUGUUUCCUGCCAAAUAUCUCCAAUAAAUUAUUUAUUUAUUUACAAACAUUAGUAUGCUUAUGUCUUAUUUUGAUGCAAUACUAAAUAGAAAAAUGCAUGAGAAAUAAAGAAUGUUUUGCACAGUUAUGAUUGAUUGAUGUAAGAUGUAUCAGAAUUUAAACAUGCUCUUAAUAUUACGUUUUUAAAAUAAAUCAGGAAAAAAACAGAUCCAAUAAAUGAUGAAUUCAUGCAAAAAAAUCUGUGUUUAUGUUUCACUUUCAGUAACUAAUAUUUGCAGAAUGGAUGACAUUUUUGAUACUUACUAUUGAUUUGUAAUAAGCUAAUUUUUUUUAUCUUACCAACCCGAUGCAAUCUUCACUGUUUGGGAUGUCGGCGGUCAGACCAAAAUCAGAGGUCUUUGGAAAUAUUACUAUCAGUACACUGAAGUAAGAGUUCAAUACAAACAUGACUGUAUAUGCAGGAUGAUUUUGCAGUCGUAUAAUAUCUGAUCUUCAUUUUGAAAAUGUCAUCUUAUUCUGUGUG